GCCAGGCAGGUAGUUGGUAGUGGAGUGGCUUUGGUACAUAACAACAGACUGUGCCUUGUUUGGUACCCUGCCCCUGACACCACGUCCGGUGCACUAACCUAGUUACCCAGACAAGAAACUGCUUGGCGUUCGUGAAACUCUUACAAGUCUUCGUUGCAGCACAGACGGUACGAGGCCAGUCAUGAGGCUCGCCUCUCUUCUCCUGGUCUGCCUAGCAGCAGCCUUUUCCUCUGCCUUUGUGAUUUCAUCACCCCAUAUGUGGACCAAACUGAUCCUGACCCACCACUGGCCAGAAACCUUCUGUACCAUGGAACAGUGUCAUCCCAACAUUAGCUACUGGACAUUACAUGGACUGUGGCCAGAUAAAGGGAACGACUGCAAUUCAUCAUGGCAUUUCAACACUUCUGAAAUAGAGGAUCUGCUACCAGACAUGGAGAAGAGUUGGCCUGACUUGCUUAACCCGUCGUCAUCAAAGUUCUGGAGCUACGAGUGGCACAAACAUGGAACAUGUGCAGCCAGAGCCGAGUCCCUGAACAGUGAACAUAAAUACUUCAGCAAGGCACUGGAGCUAUAUCAUAAAUUGGAUUUGAACAGCGUCCUGCAGAAGUUUGACAUCAUCCCUUCUGAAAAGUACUACUCCUUUGCACAAAUUGAAGGAGUGAUCCAGAACUUCUACGGCGUAACACCGAAGAUCCAGUGUGCCAACCCAUCAAAGAAUGCUGACCACCAGCUUUUGGGACAGAUUGAGAUCUGUUUCAACCCAGACUUCACCCUCCUGGACUGUGAGAAACAUGUCCCCAUGAAAACCAUUCCUAUGAGGGGCUGGGACGAUCCCAUGGGGGUUGACCAUCCGUCUGGGUUCAGUGUGUGCGACAAUGACGUGCCAGUUUACUACCCACCUCUUUCAUAAAAUGCAACAACACACUACUUUAGUACGCAGGCGCCAACAAUUCAUUUUAUAUUUCUCAGGUUUCGUAAUGAACACAUACUUUUAUUGAUAAUAAUAAUGCAUCUAAAACAAGUAUUAAUCAGUGCAAUGCUGAAACAGCAUAAAGAUUGUUGCUAUAGGAAGUUAUUGGACAAAAAAACAUGUGAAUUGUCUGCUUUUCUUAUUUCAUGGCCUUUCCAACUCUUACUAAUAGAAUGACUCAUCUAUCACACAUUGGUGUGCGUUGUGGUGGAAAGACAAGAAGUUUAUGUACUGUAGAGUUCAUGUGUCUUUAUUGUGCUGUGUCUUGUGACACUGAUAAGUGUAUUUUAUACUACAUUUGUGUGCUUAUGUGUCAAUUAUUACACUUAAUGACGUUUUGUUUUUUAAUUAAUCAAAUACAUCAAAAUGGAGAUAUUUUUGUUGGUUUUUGAGGCAAGGGCCAUCAUUUUUAAACCUUACAGUAGAACAUCUACAUCUUCCAUGCAUUAAAAACAAGCGACAAUUAUCAUAAGAAAUAAUAAUAAUCAGAUAUUUGCCAACUUAUUUCUGAGCCAUUAUGAAGUGCAAUACAAAGUGGAUAGACUAAAAGUUUCUUUUUGGUCUCGUUCAUUUUAAGGAUAUGGGCAUAAAUGGAACAUGGAAACCAAAAGAACCCAGACAAGCUCAGCACAUUACAGCAGAUGACGCACAAUAUUACCAUGGCCUGUACAGACAGAAUCUAUAGGAUGUAGGAAUUGUUUUUGUAAACACUAUUCAAUCACUCGCUGACUUGUUUCUAAUGGCACUGUGGUUAUUUUUUAUUUUUUAUCAUCUUAGAUUAAUUAAUUAUAAGGUGAAAACAUUUUUUUUUUAUUUUUUUUUUUUAUUUUUUUUCGACAUUCUAUGUACUAAGUACCAAUGCUGUGGUGUUUAACCACUGAAAUGGAAGUGUGUACUCUCAUUAUUUUCAAUGUCAAUAAAACAUUCAAUAUCUUGUUUA